AUGAGCAACGGACAACUGGUAUCCCAGGUGGUAGCUGGGCAGGAUAAACCAGUGGAUCGUGAGAAAGUGUGCCCAAUGCUUCUCCGCGUCUUCUGCGGCAACAAUCGACAUAAUCCGAUCGGCGAAUUCAACAAUCGAAACGGAGGAUCCGUUCCGCCGAAUGAACUUCUGAUGCAUACCUGGAUGGACUGCUCACUGCGAGAGCUCACAAAUCUCAUCAAAGAGAUCAAUCCGGAUGCGAGACGAAAGGGAAUAACCUUCGAUUUCGCUGUUGUGCAGCCAGAUCGGAAUUCACCAAGAUAUAUUCUUCGUGAAAUUGGAAACACGAUGAAUGGACAACGUGGCAUUGAUGACAACAAAACGCUUCAACAAUGCAAGUUCGAGGUCGGAGACUUCAUCGACGUCGCCAUCACAAUGCCAGGAGGAGGACGUCGUUUCGGCCACCGCGAGUCCGGCGGAGACCGCUUCGAACGUCGUAUGGGACGUAGCCCGGUUCGCUAA